UUGGUUUCGCCGAAUCGGUCAGUCUGGCCCCGAUAACGCUGUUUAUUAUGUUAAUUAUAGUUGUCGCGAUCGUUUACCGAUCGGUUGCGUAUUAUCGACAACCUACGAAACGCAUUGUGAUCCUAUGUUAACUAGUGUGAACGACGAUCGUAUGUAAACUGUGCUUCCGUGAGUCUUAACAUGGAUUUAAAUACACUGCUCCAGCCAAAUCGCCUAUCAAUUUUUUCAUUAGGAUAUUUUUUGGGUCCUGAUUUUUCUGAUGAGGAACGGAAAUUGGCUGGGAAGCAGGGCGAAAUCAUUUUUAAACAUUUUGGUGUGAUUCCUGGCGAUUUUGAUGUUCCCGGAUGUCAUUGUGGUGAACCAUUGUAUCGUGUCACGGAUGCAACCAGGAAACUUGGUUACCGUUUUAAGUGUGUGAACGGUCACAGAUUGAACCCGACUAAAAAUACAUUUUUAGAAUAUGUUCAUACGGCUGGAGAGUUAGGUUGUCAUAAAAUCAUCCAAAUGAUUUAUUUGUGGGUGGCUAAAGCCAAUACAACGACAAUCCAACAGGAAGUUAAAGUGUCUACAGAAACGGUGGUAGCCUACACUGAAUACUUCAGAGAUGUUGCUUUAAAAAUAGCAUACCAUGAUUUUGAGCAAAUCGGUGGAAGAAAUGAUAUUGUGGAAAUCGACGAAACUCAUUUAUUUCGGGCAAAAUACAAUGUUGACCGGCAAAUGGCGUGGAGUGCCGUUUGGUUGUUUGGUAUGAAUUUUAUUGUUUUAAUAAAAUAUAAUUUAUCACAGUAA